CGCUCCUAGCGCCAUGGAACUCCCUUUGGCGAAGUGUGCGAAUCGCCUUGCUUGCUCCCUCGCUUAACAUUUGCGAAACCCAUCGCGUAGAGCGGUGACAGCAGCUUGGCAGCAUGUUGAUUCCCAAGAAGAACCGGGUGGAGGUUUACAAGUAUCUCUUCCAGGAGGGUGUCUUGUACGCUAAAAAGGAUUACAAUGCCCCCAAGCAUCCCGAGAUCGAUGUGCCGAACCUGCAGGUCAUCAAGCUCAUGCAGAGCUUCAAAUCCAAAGAGUAUGUGAAGGAGAACUUCGCGUGGAGGCACUACUACUGGUACUUGACGAAUGAUGGUAUUGAGCACCUAAGGACAUACCUUAAUCUUCCUUCGGAAAUCGUCCCCGCAACCUUGAAGAAGUCCGCACGCCCUCCAAGCAGACCCAUGGGAGGUGCUGGAGGUGAUAGACCUCCCCGUGGUCCCCCAAGAGAAGGAGAGAGGCCACGAUUCGGUGGUGACAGGGAAGGUUACCGAAGCAGCGGUGGCCGUGGAGGUGGUUUCGGAGGAGAGAAAGGUGGAGCCCCCGGAGAGUACCGGCCUGAGUUCCGUGGUGGACGCGGUGGUGGUUUUGGCCGUGGAGGUGGUUCACCCAGCGCUAUCACCGAGUAGAGCCUUCUUCUGAAUAUGUUAUUUACAAUUCUCCAAUAUGGAAUUUGAGGGAGCUACAGGACAGCAUUAGCUCUGCUAUGUCUCAGGCCUUAGGUGUGAGUUAGAAAUUCUAACUUACAGUGCUGCGUAAUUCCAAUGAUCGCAAUGAGCUUUACUGGAGAAGCACUUACUUACUCGCAUCUUUGUCGUUGACCAAAUUUGGAGAGCACAAUGGAGUCUUUUGGUUGAAGCCGUCUGGAAAGGCCUGAAUUGGGCCCACCCACUCUUCUUGAUUUGUGUAAUGGGCACUCCGUUACGUGCUUUCAAUUGUUUUUGUAAUUGGUCCA